UUUUAAUUAAAAUAAUGAAUCAAAUAUAAUAAACUGAAGCAAACAAACGCAGGCAGCAUUGUAGUAGCAGAGGGAUAAGACUAGCGGAAGAGAGAGCGCCAUCCUCAUGGGAACCGUUCUCGACUCCCAUUUCUUGGGCUUCACUGCCAUUGUCACUGUGGUGUAUCAGUUAUUUUUCUUUAUAGUCACAGCUCUUCUCAGAUUCGAUAAAGUCACUGAUUUUGCCGGAAGCACAAAUUUCAUUAUAAUUGGGGUAUUGACUCUGAUUCUGAAAGGGUCAUGGAAUUUUAGACAGGUAGUCUUGACUUUGCUUGUAGUGAUAUGGGGUCUUCGUCUGGCACUGUUUCUAUUAAUGAGGAUAUUGCAGUGGGGGGAGGAUAGACGUUUUGAUGAAAUGCGUGGUAAUUUAGGAAGGUUGGCAAUAUUCUGGAUAUUUCAGGCUGUCUGGGUGUGGACGGUUAGUUUGCCUGUCACAGUGGUUAAUUCAAGCAACAGAAAUCCAUCUCUCCAGGCUGAGGACAUAAUUGGCUGGAUUAUGUGGUCUGUGGGUUUUUUAGUUGAAGCAAUAGCUGAUCAGCAAAAAUUAGUAUUCAAAAACUCCCCAGAAAAUAGAGGGAAAUGGUGCAAUGUUGGACAAUGGCAAUACUCUCGUCAUCCGAACUAUUUUGGCGAGAUUCUCCUCUGGUGGGGAAUUUUCGUGGCUUCCACACCUGUUCUGGAAGGUGCUGAGUGGCUUGUAAUCCUUGGGCCAAUUUUUCUAACAUUGUUACUUCUUUUUGUCAGUGGCAUACCAAUGCUUGAGGAAUCAGCCGAUAAGAAGUUUGGGAAUGUGGGUGCAUAUAGGAUUUACAAAAGAACAACUAGCCCUCUAAUUCCACUUCCACCAGUGGUAUAUGGGAAUCUGCCCUCAUGGUUCAAAACAACGUUUCUCUUUGAAUUCCCUUUCUACAGUCGUAGUCUUCCACAAGAAGAGCUAAACUGGUAUAGAAUGAACCAGGGAGAAAGCGACAAUGCAUUGAAGAUGCAUUAGUGCUUGAUGAUUCUUUGACUUGCCAAGUUUCAUUUCUUCGAGCGUGAUGGAUUAUAUAGUUUAUUGUUUUUUCUCCUCCGUGACAAACUAAGAUGAAAUGGAAUUUCAUUUGGUUAUUUUCAAUUCAAGUAUGAUCUGUUAUCCCCAAAAGGGUUCAAAUCAAACAUUAUCAUAUGAUUUGUUGACAAUUGCGAUCAUUUAAUAAUUUCA